AUGUCUCGCAAACUCCUUAGUCAAUUGGUUCAAGCUGAUCUCGCCCAUUUGACUCAGCCCAUCGUCAGUCCGACCUUCUCCAAUCCGCCACAGUCUCAUAAGACAUCGUCUACCAGUGCUCCUCCCCAACCGCUUGCAACAAUAGUGCAAAACCAUUCCGAUGAUCUUGAAUCCGUUCUAUGGAUAUUCCUCUGGGUUCUCCUCAAUUAUUCGGGCCCUCUCGGGAUGGAGCAGAAUCAAGCUGGGUUGAUGACGGAAGGCUGGAAUGACCCAAACACCACGCUGUGUGUCGGGUCCAAAUAUGUCCUUUACCACUCAGGGAAGGCAGCAUUCCUUCGUCAAAUCGACCCCUACUUCGCGGACCUUACCCAGCUCGCAGAUGAUUGGUUGGAACUGAUGAGGCACAAUGAUGAGCAUCCGGUAGCCUUCGAUGCAGUGCUGGAGCUCCUGGACUCUUUUCUGUCUAAUUACAAGACAGAGGAGUUCUCUCCAGAGCGGUAUUUCUCAUCACAAGAGUUGAAGAUUCCUCUGGGGGAAAAUACUGUGAGGCGCAAGAGAGUUAUCCCAGAGUCCAAGGGGACUUAUUUUACACAGAAGCAGGCGAAGGCUGUUGUUUAA